GUCUCGAAAUCGUCCCAGAAGUUCCAAUCUCGCGCUGAACGGAGCUAUUCACCGUGAAAACUCACUGAAAUUACACGCAUAUUUAUUUUGCACGUAAUUGAUGCACAGGCGUUGAAGGUUGAGAACUGAGGAGAUGGAGGCGUUGACGAAGCUGUGUAGUCUGGAUUUUGUGGCGUUUAGGGGCUUUCUCUUCUCGGCAUUGAUACUCAAUUUCGUGUUCACUUGUCAGCUGUUCCUUCUUCAACCCAUCGUUUCUGCGCUAGAUGGGAACCCUGGUGAUGCUGCUGCUCUGUUUGAGAGAGCUCAACAACAUGUCAAAGUCAAGAAAUAUAGCGAGGCCCUCAAUGACCUUAAUGCGGCUAUAGACGCUGAUCCUGCGCAUUCUGAGGCAUACUGGCAUCGUGCAUCUGUUCUUCGUCAAUUAUGCAGAUAUGAGGAAUCAGAAAGAAACUACAGGAAGUUUUUGGAGAUGAAACAUAAGAACUCAGUGGCAGAGAGGGAACUUUCACAAUUGUUGCAGGCUAAGGGUGCUUUGGAGUCAGCUAUGAAUCUCUUUGAGUCUGGAGACUUUACAAAAGCACUGGAACAUAUUGAUAAAGUUGUACUUGUUUUCUCUCCAGCCUGCUCAAAGGCCAAAUUCCUUAAGGUGAGGCUAUUGCUAGCAGCUAAGGAUUACUCGAGUGUUAUAUCAGAGGCAGGAUACAUCCUUAAAGAGGAUGAAGAUAAUCUAGAGGCAUUGUUGCUACGUGGUCGUGCCUACUACUAUCUUGCUGAUCAUGAUGUUGCUUUAAGGCACUACCAGAAGGGUCUUCGACUAGAUCCUGAGCAUAGUGAAUUGAAGAAAGCAUAUUUCAGCUUGAAGAAUCUACUCAAGAAGACAAAAAGUGCAGAGGAAAAUGAAAGUAAGGGUAAACUUCGUCUUGCUGUGGAAGACUAUAAAGCAGCUCUAGCAUUGGAUCCAAACCACAUUGCAUAUAAUGUCAAUCUUCAUCUUGGCUUGUGCAAAGUAUCAGUGAAGCUUGGCAGGGGUAAGGAUGCCAUUACAAGUUGCUCGGACGCACUACAAAUUGAUGAGGAACUUGUUGAAGCUUUAGUUCAGAGGGGUGAAGCAAAACUUUUGACAGAAGAUUGGGAGGGAGCCGUGGCAGAUUUGAAAUUAGCAGCCGAAAAAUCUCCACAGGAUAGAAAUAUCCGCGAAGUAUUAAUGCGGGCUGAGAGAUCUUUAAAGUUGAGCCAACGGAAAGAUUGGUACAAGAUUUUGGGAAUUUCGAAAACUUCAUCUGCAUCAGAGAUCAAAAAAGCUUACAAGAAGCUCGCUCUGCAAUGGCAUCCAGACAAGAAUGCCGACAACAGAGAAGAAGCCGAGGCCAAAUUCCGGGAAAUAGCAGCAGCAUACGAGGUCCUUGGUGAUGAGGAUAAGCGUACGCGGUAUGACAGCGGUGAAGACAUUGAUGACAUGAAUUCAGGAAUGGGCGGCGGCGGCGGCGGUUUCCACCACCCCUUCCACGGCGGUGGCGGUAACUUCGAGUUCCACUUCGAAGGAGGCUUUCCCGGCGGCGGUUUCGGAGGUUUCCAUUUUUGAGUACCUACUCCAACAACUGUCUAUAUUCAUUCCCUUGAAGAAGAAAGAGUUUUGUUUUGGAUGGAAACUCAUAACCAUUAUUCGAAGGUGUACUGAAUUUUAGAAGAACAUUUUUUCUUUCGAAUAGAUGUCAUUUUCAUUUUCAUUUUUCAUUGUAACUUUAUACGUAGAAUUCGUCCAAAAUUCUAGAUAUUGACGUAAUAUAAUUUUAUUU